CUUUAGUCAAGCCACGAUAACUUUAGCCCCGGGCCGAAUUUUCUAGGCAAUAUCGACUAGCCGAGUAGCUCUUGAUUUAUCAAAUUGUUUGUUGGUAUUUGCCGCAGGCCGACGGUAGAUAUGCCAGACAUGUCCUGUAACGCCACCACGCGUGGGUGACAGGUCUAGCAUUGCUUCUCCUUGAUAUAGUUCAGUUAUUCCCACUCCCCUCCAGCCGGUUGCCGGCAAACCUCAAUACUCCGUGGACGCUUAUCUGGUCCUGUGGUGCCGUCCUCAAUUGAGCUUCCUUAAUUGUGUCUCGUCCUUCACUUACGCCGGUCGCUCCCUUAUACUCCUCAUACGAUGGCAGCCGAAACUCGUGGGCCGCAGAUUGCGGCCAUCGCAUAUACCUUCAUGAUAAUGAGCUCUAUCUCUACACUUCUUCGCAUUUACUGCCGUGGCUACGUUAUCAAAGCUUUUGGAUUAGACGAUUGGCUUGCCGUUAUUGCCCAAUUUCUUUUUAUCGUUUUCUGUGCAUACGAACUUACAGGAGUCACGUAUGGCACUGGACAGCAUCUGAAAAACCUCUCCGAUGAGGCAAUUCCAAAGGCAAUGCAGAUGUGGUGGACUUGCGAGCCUCUCUACGUCUUGUCCAACAUGGCUAUCAAAGCCAGUAUCGCAGUGUUUUUGUUGCGACUCUGUAUCACCAAGACGCAUCGCAUGAUUAUUUGGGUCGUCGUCGGAGUGACCGAGAUUUACAGCUUAUUUUUCUUUCUACUAUUCGUGCUGCAAUGUCGACCCACUGCAUUAUUUUGGCUCCGGUAUACUGGUAGUCCUCCUGAGGGAAGCUGUCUCGAUGCGAGCGUCGUCUCGAACGCAUUCUAUGGCUAUUCCGCUAUCAGCUGUUGGACAGACUGGACAUACAGUAUCCUUCCAGUUUUCCUGGUUUGGAACCUACAGAUGAACACUAAGGUCAAGAUUUCCGUUAUUGGAAUUCUGGCUGCCGGUUGCAUUGCUUCGAGUGCUACAAUCGUCCGAUUCCCAUAUCUCUACUCUUUGACUGAUAUCAACGACUUCCUAUACUCGACUUCCGACGUUGCUAUCUGGUCCACUGUCGAAACCGGGCUGGGUAUCACUGCUGCAGGAGUGGCUACUCUUCGACCCCUCUUGAAGUCAUGGUUCGGUGGCGGUUCAUCCGCACGAGGAAACGGCACAUCAGCUCGUCAGUGGCACAGAACAGGCAGCAGAAACCCCACUGGAGAGGAUGCUUUCGACCUUCACGACGUCACCGCGAAACAGCGCUUCGGAGUCACGACGGUUAUUGAUUACAACAACAAGGCCGAUAAUGAUGUUGAGGGUCAAAAGAACAAGGAAGGUGAUACCGAGUCUGAGGCAUCCGGAUCUGGCGAGAACUGGAAUAGCAGCCAAUCGAAUCUUGCAGACCGAGCCCAGGAAGGGCGCGGCGCUCAGAACCCAUGGAAUGCAAUCACCGUUAAGAAGUCGAUUGUUCAGACUCGAGGUUAGAGAGUUGACGGAACAACGGAACGACGGAACAGCCAUGGCACGAUACCCUUAAUGAUAAGCUUUUGCUGAAUAGAUGAUCCGAAUGUGUAGAGACUGGAUCAAUAUUGGUUUACUUAGCGAAUACUUACAGCCAUAAUAACCAUUACUAUAAUUAAUCUUCUUCACAACUCGUUUAUCCGUACUUUAGUUGAAAUCUGAAUUCUCAUCCCUUGAGCGUGACAAUCACAUGAGGGUCUCCUUGCACGUAGCGGCAUCUCAGCCCUACAAGGAGCGAUGGACUGGAGCUGCGGUGGAAUGAGGGACUUGAGACGAGAAUUCAAAAUCGGG